CGGACGAUCCACGUGACGGGUACCAACGGGAAGGGCAGCGUGUGCGCCUUCCUCACGGCCAUAUGGCGGUACGUGGGCGGGGCGGCGGCGACGGCGACGACGACGGGAGAAAAACCGCUCAAGGUGGGCCGGUUCACGUCGCCGCAUCUCGUGGAUUGGCGCGAGAGCAUCACCGUCGACGAGCGCAUGAUCAGCGAGUCCGACUUUGACGCCGUGCUCCACACCAUCAGCGCGCAGAUGAAGCACACCGCUAUCCCCCUGACCCAGUUUGAAGCUUUGACGGCGGCGGCCUAUCUCCACUUCCACCAGCAGCGCGUCGACGUUGCCAUCAUCGAAGUCGGAUUGGGCGGAGCGAACGACGCCACGAACGUGAUCGACCGGCCGCUGGCUGCCGUGCUCACCUCCAUCUCCCUCGACCACGUUGAGAUACUGGGCAACAGCGUGGAGGCCAUCGCGCGGGAGAAGAGCGGCAUCAUCAAGCGGGGCCGGCCCACCAUCGUCUCCGCCCUCAUCCCGCCACCCGCCCUCGCCGUCAUCGAGGAGACCGCCCGCGCCCUCGGAUCCCCGCUCCACCUCGUCCGCCCCGCCACCUGGGACACCCCUCGCCAACCCGACCGCGACGCCGAGGAGGACGCCGCCCUCUUUGUCGAUGAAGCGGGCAGGACCUACCGGUAUCGGCUGCGGCUCAACGGAGAGCACCAGCUGACCAACUCGGCCCUCGCCAUCGCCACGGUGCGGCUCCUCUGUGAUGAGGACGCCGACGGCCAGCCGGCCUGGCACGCACCGGUUGACGAGGAGCGUCUGGCGCGAGGCGUCGGCUGGCUGUGUCAUGGCAACCGGCGCAUUCUGCUCGAUGGCUCCCACAACGCCGAAGGCGGCGCGCAGCUGCGGCGCUAUGUGGACUACGCCGUACGGCGCCUGCGUGCCGCGGAGGAGGAGCGGGCGGCGCUGCUGCCGGUCAAGCGCCGGCUGCGGGUGCAUUGGGUGGUGGGCAUGCUGGGCCACAAGGACCACUCGGCCUACCUCCGCUCCAUUCUCCAGCAGCAGCAGCAACAACACGGAGGAGGCCAUGAUGUCUCGGAGGCGAUCAGCUUCGUUGAAGUGCGGCCCAACGUAGAUUGGCUAAAGCCCUUCCCGCCCGCCCAGCUCCAGGGGACGCGCCUCGACCUCGGCGGGAUGCAGGUGGUCCCAUCGCUGGAUCACGUGCUCGGCCAGAUCGACGCCCGGGAAGCCACGGGAGAGGCGGUGCUGAACGUGGUGGUGGCCUGCGGUUCGCUCCACCUGUGCGGCAACGUGCUGGCCGCCGCUCCGCCGUUCGACCUGCUCGAGACCCUCCGGUGGGAGCCGCCCGGCACGUUCGUGCUGCUCGAGCACCACCUGGAGCGCCUCGCGCGGGCGCUGCUCCACUUUGACUUCUGCCCCGACCCCGAAGCUGCCGCCCUGCUCGUGGCUCGCGUGCGCGACCAACUCCACGCCAUCGUCGCGCGCGAGAAGUGGGCCGAGCAGCAGCAGCAGCAGCAGCCAUCGGUACGUCGCGUGCGCGUGCUCGUCGGCGCCGACGAACGGAUCGAGGUGCAGAGCGUGGAGAUCGACUCGUCGCCCAUCGUCACCGACCUGGCCUUCCUCCGCGGCCUUUCGCCGACCACGUCAUCGACCACGCCCAGCACCACCACCACCACAAUCUCUACGUUGGCUCCGCGCACCACCGCGGUGAAGGUGAGGGCGGCUCGGGCGCCGGUGCUGCGGGACGACCCGUUCCUGCGGUGGAAGACCACACACCGCGAGGCCUAUGCGCGCGCCCUCCGCGACGUGCGCUCGGCCGAGGCAGCCGCCCACGCGACUGAGGUGGCGGACGACGUCGUCCUCUACAACCAGUGGGGCCAGGUCACGGAGACCACCAUCGCCAACAUCGCCAUCGUGCGGCCCCGCAAGAUGAUGCCGACGAGGAGGACGAACCCGAGCGAGGAGGAAGAGAUGGAGGUGGUGACGCCGCCAGUGGCGUGCGGCCUGCUCGAGGGGACGAUGCGGCGGGCGCUGGUGGCGGGUGGGUGGAUGGUGGAGGCGCCCAUCACCCUCGAAGACCUCGGGAGCGCGCAGGAGAUCCUCCUCUUCAACUCGGUGCGAGGCGUCUACCGCGCCCAGCUCCUCCCGCCCCCUUGA